AUGUCUUAUAAACUUUCCUCACAACAGCACUCUGGCUCUGCACUGUUUACAAUCUCCUGGCUUGGGAGGCAGUGCAGGUACAUUCCGGAAGUGACGCUUCAUUCCAGCCAGGUGAAACCCGGAAACGCUCAAUGUUUUGCCCAGGUAACUCCGGAAGUGAUGCAAAGGCUUCGCUGGGUGUGUUCCCGGAUGCGUCUCAGGUGUGCGGGAGCGGGUCACAUGACCGAAAGUGAGGGCGGGGCCAGUACGUUCCGGACAGGCAGAGCUCUGCGUCCCUACCCUGUUACUGUCGACAUGCUCGAUUAUCUACUAACGAUGGACGAGUACAAACUUCUUCUGAUGUUUAUUGCCGUGUCUAACCUGUCAUUAGUGAAAGCUCAGAAUGUCACCACUUCAGCCCCAGACAGGCUCUCGGAGUCGGCGCGACUAGCCGCCAUCAUUGUUCCCUGUGUGGUAGGCGGCAUCAUUCUCAUCGGCAUCGUUGCCUUCAUUUUUAUCAAAAUAAGAGAGAGACGGCGGACGGAAGGAACCUACCGACCAAGCAGCGAGGAGCACAAGGAACCCCGCGUGGAGCCCAACAUGGCUCUGAAACUGCCCCCCGAGGAGAGGUUGAUAUGAUGAACUCCAGGUGCGAUUCCAUCCAGUUUAUUGGUUCACAGCUGACGGGGGUCAAAACUGCGCCUUACACACCAAGCAAAGGUCUCAUGUGACUCGCGAGGUCCCCAGACUGUAAUCAGCUGCUUUAUCUUCUCCUCCCACAUGAGACCUGGGUUACAGGGGAAGGGUAUAUACAGGAUACCCACCUAUAUGGCAGUUGCCUGCCCCACCACUAAAUGCCUGUUUAUAUAUAGUUUCAGUAUUAUCCAAUUAUGUAGCUUUUCCUUCCACUAUUUUUGCCUUCCUUUGCCGUAUGGUACAGGGGCCCGGAGCAGGCCUGGUGUGUAUCACACCAACAGUAUUGGAGGCCUAUCGAGUGCAGGAAACCUAGAAAUGCCACUAUAUUCCCGGACUGGGCUCGUGUUAUCCAGUUGCAGGGCCGCCUGGUGAUCACAUAAAGGCUCUGAUAAUGCAACGGAACUGUGAAGAACAAUGAGCGUGCGUAAAUGUAUUUAUAUAUAUAUAUAUAUAUUAUCCAAAGAAUUUAUUCUCCAGAGGCACAUGUCUGUCUGUCCAUCCAGCUUUGCGGAGCUCUACAGAAUCGGGACUUUUAUUAAAUAAUCACAAAAUGUUUAAUAUAUUUUAUAGCCCUGGGGAUGGCGGUAAACGGUGGAUACAUCUCAGCCUUAUCAUAGAGCUAGCGCAUGGGUAGACAGUCCCGCUGCUAAAUGCCACAUGGGGUAACAUAAUAAAACUGACAGUUUGCUCCAGGUUUAGUAACCCUUAGCAACCUAUCAGGUGCAUGCUUUUAUACAAGCGCUGAUUGGUUGCUUUGAGUCACUGGUAGGCGAUGCUUUUAUUACGUUACCCUACAAACGCCGACAGUUCUGUAGCAGUCGUCUCAAGGGAUGUUUUGGGGCUAAUGGUUUAAAUUCAACACUUAAAGGGAAACUGUUUUUAUUUUUAACUCGGCUAAAUAACUAGCAGGGGAUGCUUGUGGACACUCCCAGGGGUUCUUAAAGGGAUACUGUCAUGGGAAAACAUGUUUUUUUCAAAAGGCAUCAGUUAAUAGUGCUGCUCCAGCAAAAUUCUGCAUUGAAAUCCAUUUCUCAAAAAAGCAAACAGAUUUUUUUAUAUUUAAUUUUGA